GUUUAAAGACUGCGCGACGUCCGUCCAUUGGAGAGCGUUUGCAAUACAAGAACUUCGUUGUUGAUUGUGUUGAUUUGUCUGACCUAUAGAAACAAACAAAACACACACAAAAGACAUAAAUGAAUACAAUUCGACGCAACACUUAUGCACACCACUACUACAAAAAUAUUUUACCAUCCUCACGCUGCGGAGAAGUCGCUUCCGCUUGUCGACCUACAUGAGUCUCACGCUGUUCUCGAACGUGACGAUUUAAAAGAAUUUUUUCAUCUCGAGUGACUCAAUACUACUCACAAUCACACCGUUUAACAAAGUAAAACAAUAAACACGUUACUAGCACAGCGUAAAUUACUAUAAAGACGACCGUUACGAAAAAGCAAUUCGAUAGAAUGUCCGCGCUAUCCAUGAUGACAGCGAACGAGCGACUGAGGGCGGACGUCUGCAGACGUGAUGUUUUAAAACUUCACACUAUCACACAUUAUCAGGGCGCCAACAUUGCCACACAUUACGUCACAGAUUAUACACGCACAGCGCUAAUGAGUGGAAGACGGAGCACCGCAAGCGAUAGUGAUAACACAAUCAGAGCGACUACCACAUAGAUUGCAACUAAUGAGCGGAAGACGUCGGUCGCUCGAGCAAGCGAUAGCGAUAAGCGGUAGACGCUGACAUGAUAAUAAGUGUACAUUCUAAUUGCACCGCAAGCGAUAACGAUAACAUUAUCGGAGCGACAGCAUUGCACCACAUAGAUUACAACUAAUGAGCGGAAGACGUGGGUCGCUCAAGCAAGCCAUAGUGAUAAGAACAGCUCGCCGAACCGCAAGCGAUAGCGAUAACAACGCUCGGGUAAUUGGACGUCAGCCAGGCAUUUAUAUGGGACCCCAUCCGAGCAACGCACAGUCGACCGCUUGUAGUGACAGUAGGCACAAAAGCGCAACGCAAUGGCUGAAAAAAGGACCACAGCAAAGGACACGGCGGGAGCAGAUAUGGCUUCUGAUGCAAAACAUCGAAAACUAUUUACUGCUGAAAUUCAACAAAUAGGACGAGAAAAUUUUCUUAAAGAAAGGCCGCAUUUAUCUUACGUUGGUGUUAAUGACACCAACAAUGCAAACGUGGUCCUAAUAUAUAAGUUAAAGGACUUAUUUAAACCAAAAGUUUGGGCCAAUAUAAAA